AUGGCGAAGCAGAAGCAAGUCGCUCCUGAAGACUCUGACAACGAAUCACAGGUUCCCAGGCCUCAGCCCGAACAAGAAGACAGCAGCGAGGAAGAAGAAGCAGCAACUUCAUCUGACGAGGACGAAGACACAUACGAAGGUGAAAAUGAACGUGAGAAACACGUGCUGGUUCCCAGGAAGCCUCAACCGCAAAAGGUUUCCAAACCCUCGUCAUCUUCUUCUAAACCCUCUCCAAAGUUGAAGUCUCAACCUUCGACUUCUGUCAGUCAAACCAAAUCCGGGUCAAAGCAUGCAGCCGAAAACAGUAUCGACCACUCGAACCAUCCAAAACAUGGGAAGAAGGCACAGGAGGAUCACGCCGUUGGCUCCGUUGAAGAGGAUCCGCAUAAAUCACUUGACGAGUUCAAAUCCCUCUUUCAGAGGGUUUUCAGCGAGGAAGAUGAGAUAGGUAUCUUGAAAGGCCUGUCUGAGUUCAUCGAGAAAACAGGGAAGGAACCCUAUAAAUACGUUGAUGAAUUUUACGAUUUUAUGAAGGGGUCGAAUUUGAUUCGAGCAAAUGUAUCAUGCAUGCAAUUGAAGGAUAAGAUCCGCCGGCUGAAGAAGAAGUUUGAGAACAACCUAGAAAAAGAGAAUAACGGCAAGGGGACAACCUUAAAGCAGCAUGAGUUGGAAGCACUUCAGUUGGGAAAGAAUGUUUGA